AUCAGUCAAAAUGGUGAAUACAAGUUCCUGUUAGGUCUAGAGCGACGGAAGAAACAGACGACACACCGACCGUGGACUGACGAUUGAAUAGAUAUUGUUGGUAGACUGGUGUGUUAAGCUGUGGGCAUUGAUGCUCUGUGGGUGACGCGGGCGUGGUCGGAUGGGGGCGGGAGCCGUGGGAGGCCAGCAACAUCAAGGGACAAUUGUAACCAAUCAGGAAGUCUUGUCAAAAACCAUGGCAUGUGAAUCAUGUGCUACGGAGUUCACAAUCUUCAAACGGAAGAAAAUGUGCAGAGAUUGUAAACGUCAAUUUUGCUCAACGUGUCUGCCAAAAGAAGCAAAUAAACGUGAUAGACAAUGUCAAAAGUGCCGAAUUAUUGUCUCUGGGAACUUUAGCCGCCAAAUCUUGCAAGAGUGGAAGGUCAAGGACAUGAGAUGCUUCCUUGACAGCCACAAUAUUCCUACCAAUAUGUGCCGUGAAAAACAUGACCUCAUUGACCUUGUGAUACUCCACUACAGCCGAGGAUCUGUCUCAAACUCAGAGGCGGAGCAUGAGAGACUGGUACAGCAGCUGGUGGAGCGGAUGAGAGAAGAUACUGUGCCAGAUGUGCCACCAACAGACACACAGACAGAUGGAGACACUCCCACAGAGGAGCCCAUGCAGGUAUUGCAGGACUCGCCAGUAUUAGAUCAAGUUCCCCGUAUGAGGCUGGAUAAUAUUUCGUCUGUGGAGGAGGUCGACACGCUGACAGUCAGGCAACUGAAAGAGGUCCUUGCAAAUAACUUUGUCGAUUACAAGGGGUGCUGUGAAAAGUCGGAACUCACUGAACGAGUGAAGCGGCUGUGGAAUGAAGAGCAGUUAAACAAAGACAAAGCUGACAAGAUGAGAGAGAAUGCAGAUAAAUUAACAGGAACGACUGCCAGUUCGGAGCAGGACCUGUGUAAGAUAUGCAUGGACAAUACUAUUGACUGUGUUUUGUUGGAAUGUGGUCACAUGAUCACAUGCACCUCCCGCGACAGCGUCUCGCUGAAUGUCCCAUGUGCCGACAGUAUGUGGUGCUGCGUUGUCCACAUCGCGUUCGGUCAUAGCCCUAAUCGUGGCCUUGGAGACAGAACAACUUUCAUCAUCAGCCAGUCAUUACUAAUCCGACCAUCAUCAACUAUUUUAUAAUGUGUGACAAGUUUUGCUGUCAUCACAUUUACAAACAAAUCUAUUCGGAUGAAUUGAGUUAUCAAAGGUUUUUGUCGUGGAGUAUUACGAAGAUGCAUGGCAUUUAAGUAUUUUAUCAUUUGUAUUAGAAAUUCUUCAUUGGGAGACUAAUAAUGGACUUUUGUCGUCAUAAUUCAUGAGCAUGAUAAAAGUAUGUUGUUUCUUCAAUAUUUUGAAUAUAUAUUUAUUUUGUUUAUGCGAGCCAAGGUAUAAAACAUCCUUGACGUCAGACAUGCUCCAUCCAUUAUGUCCAUACACUGCAACUAGGUGCAAUCUUCAUCUUCGUAACUGAGAUGAUAAGGGCGUCCACAGCACCAAGGUGCCGAGUUGUGCCUGAACCCUGUCAUUGUUAGUUUAGAUCCGAGAUAUGUCCUUAUAAGGCCUGUAAGUCUCGUGAGGCGCUACUUCCGGUACUAAGCUGGUUCCCGGCUUCCUUUGCGCACGGCAACUUGCGAUAUGCGAUACGGUACCAGAUUUUCGGUGGCAGUAUUUUCAAGAACCAGUUCUGGUUCCAAAUUGCGUAACCGCCAAAUAUGACUUUAUUAGACCGGACCAAGGUACAACCAUGCUUGGCUGUCAAAGCUGUUGACAGUCGUAAUAAUUGGUUAAUUUGGGGAUGGUUAGAUCGGCAAAAUUGUUAUUCCUGCAAGGAUUAUCAGUUCCUUUCUGUUAACUGACAAUUACGAGACCAUUCGAAAAGAUAUGAAACGCUGUUUGUCACCGGGAGUACCUGGGGUGUUACUGGAGACGGGGUGUUACUGGACAUAGGGUAUUACUGGAGAUAGGGUGUUACUGGAGAUAGGGGUGUUACUGGGGAUAGGGUGUUACUGGAGAUAGGGGUGUUACUGGAGAUCGGGGUGUUACUGGAGAUAGGGGUGUUACUGGAGAUCGGGGUAUUACUGGAGAUCGGGGUGUUACUGGAGAUAGGGUGUUACUGGAGAAUGGGGUGUACAUGUAUUAACACUAGCUAGAAAACGUGGUGCUACCAAAUAUUUGUACAGCAGCAUAAACAAAAUGAACUGUCUAAAUCUAAAACAAUCCAACUGAAGCCUUUUGUCUUCAGACUUGCAUAAGGAACUGCAUGAAUUUCUGAAUUGCUUCACAGAUGACAACUGGCUAAUAUUAUGUACUAUAAAAGGUUAUAGACAAAUAUAUGCUAUAUAUAAACCUUGUGUGAUUUUUCACCUACCACACAUUACACAUUAUUCUGUUGUUUUUAGAGCUGGCGCUGGUGUAGGAACCAGUGAAGUAUAUAGUGUUUCAUAUGUAUAUGUGAUAUUUUGAUAGAUUUUGAUAGAUAUGUGAUAGAUUUUGAUAGAUAUGUGAUAGAUUUUGUUGAGUUUAUAUUGUCAGUUUUUUGCAUGUCCUGGCCAUUUAUAAACAUGUAAAGGCUCCUAGUAUUCAGAUAUCUGAUUCUCCAGGGUCCCGAUCCACGAAGCGUUCGUAACGUUACGACCUGUUGUAACUCUAUAGUUUAUUAUAGGCUUGCAAAUGUCAUAGCGCUACAAACAUUUGUGCAUCGUGACCCUGGCCC